AUGUGGUGGUUUUCUACAAUCAUCCUUGUUCUGUCGGUCUCUCUGGGACACUGCCAACAUUUAGGGCGGACGUCACUUCCUUCUACCAACCCUACAUUCGGCUACAUACGGAAGAAAGACCAGGCCUGUACCGGCGGGCUGUUCAACAUCAGCGACCACGGCAGCACGAACCUGGCCACCUGUGCGCACCUCUGCACGGCCUCGGGAUCCUGCGGGGCGUUCGUGCACGUGCCGGGCGACUCCGACAACUCCUGCAGGCUCAAACGGUCCUGCCCGACACCGGCCAACCUCACCGGGGCUGAUCUGUACUUCAAACGGCUUUGCAACGCCACCGCCGGUAACCGCACAGAGGAAGUGUUCACUAUCGUCUGUCCUCCUGGCUGUGCAUCUGUCGCAGUACCAAUCUAUGGUGACGGGACCUACAGCACUAACUCGCCUGUGUGUAAAGCGGCUGUUCAUCACGGGUGGAUCAUGGACGAACUGGGAGGAGCCGUGACCGUUCUGAAGUUCAGCCUUAACAGACCUACUUCUCGCGCAAUUACACACAACGGGGUGAGAUCGCUAGGACAUACCAACACCACUGGGGCGCUGCAGUCUGGAGUACCAGACGUCCACGAAGCGUACUUUGACCUUACCACUGGAUCUCAGGCCGAGGGACAACAUCUUCGGAUAACGUGGCUGACCUGGGACGUCAAGCUUCACUGUCCAUAUGGAUGGCGGGUUUGGGGAGACUCCUGCUACUAUUUCGGAAGGUCCGACGUUUCCUACGAGACAGCGGUUUCAGCUUGUCAUAACAUGGCAGCUCACGUGGUUGAGAUCAACAGCGAAGCUGAGCAAACGAUUCUCGGCGCCAUCACGGCAGCCAGAGACGGUGACAGAUACUGGGUCGGACUGCGGUUCUCUCAGGUGUAUCAAGCCAAUACUGAACCAAGAACAACUGUCCGGACCUUUAUAGAACCACGCAUUUCCGCGAGGUACCUGCGAGUCAUUCCGGUUGCCUGGUUCGGCCGUCCGACACUGACCCUGGGCGUGCUCGGAUGUGAAAGUGCGCUGAUCGCUGCGAGACACCCGGGAACCGUCAUGGGAGUUUUCUCUGAGAACGUCCUGUUGGAUUUCGCCGCCACCCAUCAUCACUGUUCAAAGUACCACUGCAGGAUGGCGUCCUUCAGCGAGCUUCGCGCCGCGUUUCUAGCGGGCAUGAGCAACAUUAGGCUUUCAUGGCAGACCGACCAGAGAGGCAGAUACCUCAUCGAACGCGUCACUAGGGGCUCGGCUUAUUCAAACAGCGGGAUCAUCAGUUGGGGUCGUCUAUCUGCCUCAAGUCGACGUGCAGUCCUAUGUAUGCAGCCCAUGUCAGAAAAAUUGGGAUGUGCCACGCCCCUCGUUGCUAGGCAGCCAUGUGCCUGGGAUGACGUGACGCCUCGCGAGUGCGAGCUCCACGGGUGUUGCUGGGAUCCGUACCCCGGGUACCCGAGCUGCUUCUACAAGUCAGCUGGUACAAACAUCGCACUGGGGAAGAGGACGCAUCAGUCGACAACACGUGACGUGGACGGUCCCUCGUGGCACGGCAAUGACGGCGUCAGAACCACGAGCAGCUGCGACAGCGAGAACGGCGGCACGUGCGUCAAAACAGCGAACGCUUCUAGUCAAGAAUCGCAUCCCUGGUGGUAUGUGGACUUGGACCGACAGUGGUCCAUCGACAGGGUGACUGUGGUCAAACCCGGCUCUGUCGACCUCAACCCCUUCUUCCUCCACAUCGGCGACCAUCGGCACGUGUCGGCGAACCCUCGGUGCGGGCAGAACCACAGCAUCGCCGCCAACAAGUCGGAACUAACCGUCUCGUGCGGAGGCCUGCGGGGUCGAUAUGUGGGGAUCCGCCUGGGAGUGGCGCGACUUCUGCAGUUCAGCGAACUCGAGGUUUACCCUGUCUCCGAUGAAGCAAAUAUCGGAGGAAUAAACGUUGCCGCUCUGUCCCGUGGCGGACGGUGUGUCGGCGCGUCACAGAACGCCGCUACCUGCGGCCGCAUCGUUGACGGUCAGCUGACGCCACGGCCGGGGCAGCUCGGCUGGCUGAGUUCGCAGGGGGUCGGCUCGUGGGUUCAGCUGAAGUUCGAUGGAUACUACUUCAUCAACCGAGCCAAGAUCGCACAGUCUACAUGGAUCACAGGCCAAAUCAGGACAAUCAGGUUGACGUUCAAUGACGGGUCCUAUGUAGACGUCGAACUCAGGCAGCGUGAGGGAAGUGACCAGUACGACGUGACGCAAGUUUACUACGACGAGUUCGUCUUCAACACGACCAAAACAGACUCCGUGAAGAUGACUGUCCUCAGCAUGUAUACAGCUGCCUCCACCAGCGGCUUCAUUGAGGCACAAUUCAUCACGGCCUUUCCUGAAGCUUAUUUCCUCUUCGAAUGGACUCCACGAAUGACGUGCUCGUGUAUGUAUGGGGACGGCGUUACAAGUGUACCACAGAUUGGCCCCUGUUUGGCGCAACGUCCUCGGAAUCAUUGGCUGCACACCGCAGAAGGAACUCUUCGGAACGGAGAAACGUCACAGUGCCUUGAACUUCUUUCCAACGACGCGGUUGCCAUAGCUACCUGCUCACCAAUCAGAGAGUCUAUACUGUUUGACGUCAUCGAUGACGCGCUGAGCUGGAGGGUGUUGGGAAGAGAAGUUUGCUUUGAUAACAGGGAUGGCGUGGUGGAACUGGUGAACUGCUCCGAUGGCCGGAACGUCCUGAGGAAACUGCCGCUUCACGAGGUGACUGAGCUGGUGACGAUGUCCACUCCGUGUGACGCCAGAGAAGACCCGAACACAGAGGUAACCAGGAUGUUGGUAGAAGAAGUUGAGCCCGGUACACUGUUGGCUCGUUGGAACGUAUCAGAGAUGCCAGAGUACCCCUGUGAAUUAAGCUCUGUGUUUGUUGCACAGACAAAUCUUAGGGACGGUUUGACAACCAGUUGGAAUGUUUCAUGGGCCACAGAAAUGUUCAACUUCACCGAUAUUGAAUUGGAAGUCUCAUACCUGCUGGAGAUAUACCUCAUGACGCCACGAAGCCACAUCUACCUAUCUUACUCACGGACCAUAAUGUUACAAGGAAAGGACGAGAUUCACAACUUGACGGUCUCGCUGGUGACAGAGGAAGGGUUUUACCUCACCUGGAACGUCACGUCGUCUUUAGUGAUCGGGUAUCGAGUGACAUUUCAUCGGAUGGACAGCCAGGAAAUCGACCAGUUGUACGUGCAUCGCCCGGAAGUGCAUUUACGAGGGCUGCUGCCAGGGGUCGAAUACAACGUGACCAUAACAGCCAUUACUGCAGAAUUUGUGGGUAACGCCGCUAGUCUCCAGCAAUACACUCUGUCUGACCCUCCACUUGAUUUCCACGUGGUAGCCGUGACGGACCGUUCAGCUACCCUGAUGUGGGCGGCACCAGGCGGCGAGGUUGCCGCGUACGUGCUGGAGCUCAUACCGGCCGAUGCUCCAUCGGAAGCUGUAAACAUUUCCCUAAGCAACAAUCUAACAACCACAGAUGUAACAGGGCUGAUCCCUCUUCAACCUUAUGUCGCCAAGCUCUAUGCCGUCGGUCCGGCUGGCGUUAGUGACGUCACUAUGUCGUUAUCCACACGGGCACGGCAUACUACAGAGAGCUCCAUACCGGAUACGGAGUCCAUGGGCGACCUGCAAGGUACGGUCAACCAGGAAAGCGAUACCGAUGUGGAGGUGCUAAGUGACGACGGGUUUGGAGGCUUUGUACCACGAUCGCCGGAAAGCGAAAGAUACGAGUCGUGGGGAAGCGAAAACCCCGAGCAAGAGUCUGGCGUCAGCAGCAGUUCCGGUGACGAGGGCGACGAUCCUUCCGACGGACUGGGCACUGACGACGAGCAUACACUACAGGCUGAUUUCCCGCCGCUGAUGGUCGAGGGUCUCGCCAUCCCAGCCAUUGAUGCCGUGGAUGUCACUGACAUCGCGUCAGCGGAUCCUGUGGCGCUCGUAGAAGCACUUGCCGUAGUGAGGCAACCGGCAAGCAUCAACAUGGCCACAGGUUCGGUGCAAGAGACCUGCAGACAAGCCUUGGAUACACUGAAGAUUGCAUCAGAGCGUCUGCAGACCGCAAACCUUAUGUACCUCACUGUUCUGGACAACCUGAACGACGUACUUGGGAGAAAAGUGACGACGCAAAACAUCACGCGCACCAGUACAGAUAUGUUACGCUCCGUUGGACACCUCUUCCAUGAAGCACUUGGUCAGGCUGACGACGAUCCUACCAGGAAUGAUGACUUCUUGUCACCCGAAGAACGAGCAGAUCAGGAGCGGCAGGAAAAGGAGGAAAGUGACCAAAAGAAACGCGCCGUCGUUGGAGUAGGUCGUGAGGUACUAGACAACAUGGCGGACCGUCUGAGAAGACAGCUGACACCCGGCGGCCCCGGAGUGCGCAUAGACUCCGACAGACUCAGCCUGCAGGUACACAGAAUGCGCGGAAAGGAUCUGGCAGGUCAUCGGCUGAACGGCACACGAGUGAACAUCGCUUUUCCUUCUGCUGAAAAAGUGUUUAAAGGCUUUGUGCCCCGGUUUGUUGACACCAAGGUCAUCAGUUACCAUGACAACCCUUUCACCUGGGGAAACAACUCAAACAUCAUCAACUCUGGCGUGCACGACGUCUCCUUGAUCCCAUCGACCACGUCCAUUGGGGACAUCAAGGACACAGAAGACGACAUCCUGAUCACCAUUGCCACCGACGGAGAUCUCCCUUCCAGCGGACUGCUUCACGGAGUGGAUUCCACGGGAAAUGAGAGCGUGGUGCAGCACGUGUUCAACAUUUCAGACGAAGAUGACGCGUUCAUCGUCCAAGUUACCGCCCUGAAUAGGAGUUCCAGGAUAUCCGUGUUCGGGAGAGGAGGCGGCCUGGCCCACAGUAAAAACUGUGAAGUCUGUUUCCGGUGGCAGGACUGGAAACCGACAUUCUCACGACAUGGCGCACCCGCUCAGUCUGUCGCGUUUUUUGUGUCAGGAAGGAAUCACACAGAAUACACAGUCGGAGUAGAAGUUGCUGGUCUGGAGGAUGUGUACCAAGAUGUAGUCGAAGACGGCGUCUUUGUUGUGGACCCCGCUGACAAGUCAGACGUGAAUGGGACGCAGUUCUACAGCCUGGAGGUUUGGCGUCUGAGCUGCCGUUAUUGGGCGGAGGACGCAGAGAUCUGGCUACCCGACGGGUGUAGAGUCCACCCUACCUCCACCAUCACUGCGACUGUCUGCGCCUGCAACCACAUGACGGCGUUCGGGACUGGCUUCUUCACCGCACCGAACACGAUCGACCUGACCACCGUGUUCGACAAGUUCACGGACAUAGGGAACAACGCAGGGGUCCUCGCUGCCGUUCUGACGACAUUAGCCUUGUACUUAGUCGGGGUCAUGUUUCUAUGGAAGGUCGACAAAGCAGGUGUGAAGAAGUUGAUUGUCCAUGGCCUACCCGACAACCGCUCGACUGACAGGUACUAUUACAAGAUGUCCGUCUACACCAGUUACGCCAGAGGGUCUGGAACAAAGUCCAAUGUGGGGUUUGCAUUGCUUGGGGAUAAGGGGAGUACCGGAGUCAGGGUGUUCAAGCAAAGCCCAGAGACCUUUCAGGCCGGCGGCGUGGACAUCUUCUUGCUGGCUGUUGAAGAAAGUCUGGGCGACCUUCUUCGGCUUCAAAUCUGGCACGACAACCAGGGGGGCAGCGGCAAGGCUUGGAAGUUAGAUAAAGUCAUCGUGCGAGAUCUACAAUCCGGAGAAACAAACAGUUUCCUGUGUGACCAGUGGCUAUCGCUGGACCGCGGGGAUGGUAGAAUCAGCCGGAUUCUUCCAGCUGCAACAGAACAAGAUUUGUCAUCCUUCCAUCUUUUCACUACAAAGGCCGUCGACAGUUUUAAAAAUGAGCACAUCUGGCUCUCCAUCUUGUUCUGUCCCAAUGUCAGCCAUUUCAGUCGGGUCCAACGCCUGUCCUGUGGACUGUGUGUCGUUUACACCACCAUGAUUGCCAACGCCAUGUGGUACAGAACGGAAGACAGCCUGGAGCAGAAUAACGCGGUGAAUCUUGGGAUAGUCUCCUUCACGCUUCACGAGUUAUACGUCAGCACGAUGACGUCAUUGUGCGUCCUUCCCGUAAACGUGCUCCUCGUCCAGCUCUUCAACCGGUGCAGAGAAAAGCAGCAACCGGCCAAGAAUGCCGUGAAUGUCGCAGGGAAGGAAGACAUCAGGACUAUGGUGUUGAAAACGCGGUCUUCCUCCCGGUUUCUUCCCCAUUGGUUUGUGUUCGUGGCUUGGUCGAUCCUAGUCCUCAGCUGUUGCGUAUCGGCGUUCUUUACUAUUCUCUACAGCCUGGAAUGGGGAACUGAGAAGGCAAACGCGUGGCUGAAGACGUUCCUGAUGUCCUUCGUUCAAGAUGUCCUUGUUGUGGAGCCAUGCAAGAUCCUGGCUGUCUCUGCCCUGGUCUCCUAUGUCUGUAAGAAAGUCGCGGUGUUAUCGAUGCGGGAUGACGUCGUCCUACAACACGCUGACGUGGAGGAUUCCAAUCAAUCAGAGAGUCUGUUUGCCUGGGUAUCUCACAGGGCGACCACGAGAGUGACCAAACAACAGUUGCGGCAAGUUCUGCUUAAGCAUGACCAGACGGAGAAAUCACAGAAAGUGCGACAGGAAAGAGAAGACACCAGAAAAAAGGCAGACAGUGUGAUUCAGGAGGUUGCCGGGUUCUUCGUGUUUGUGAUGAUUCUGCUUUUGUUGGUGAAUAGUGGCACAAACGUCUACUCUCACCACGCCUACAACACUAUAGGAGACCUCUUCCAGUCGGAUUUUACCCGGCGGUACACCAGCCUUUACAUGAGUCGGGAAUGCAACAGCGGGAACUCCUUUUCAGACGAGGAAACGCGAGACUUUCUGACCGGAUGGACACCCCUCGCCUCCUCCAAUUCUUCGGAUGAUGUCUCCAAGCCGUCGCCCUGGACGUACCACCUCCCCGGGUCUGGUGACGAGCUCCCCGCGAUGGGAGCCAUUGCCACGUACGGCUCGGGAGGUUACGUUACCGGAGUCGGCAGGAACAAAGCUGCUGCCCUCGCAGUCAUCGCUGACCUGAAGGAAGCCGGCUGGAUUGACCGCUAUACGCGCGCCGUCAUUGUCGAGUUCACGGUGUACAACGCCAAUGUCAACUUCUUCAGCACGAUCUCGUACAUGGUGGAGUUUCUCAACACGGGAGGGGCGGUGCCGUCCCACUCUGUGUGGACCUACCGCUUACAUCGGUUCGUCGGCACGGCUGGAUACAUCCUCAUGGCCCUGCACAUCCUGUAUGUGGUCUGUUUCCUCUACACGCUGUACAGGGAAGUAAAACUGAUGAAGGAACAAGGGAGAAGCUACUGCCUGCAACCGUGGAACCUUCUCGAGAUUGUCAACAUUCUGGUUUGUUUCGGCGCCGUUGCCGUUUUUGCUGUAGACUACAUAACGUCGAGGAAAACUCUGGAUAAGCUUCUCCAUCAUCAUUCAUCAAAAUUCAUCAGCUUCGACCAGGCGGUCUUGUGGAACCAGGCGUUUGUUUGGACGGUGGCCGCCGUCGCCUUCAUCAACAUCUUCAAGUUCCUUCGCCUCCUCCGCUUCAACCCGAUGUUGUCUGUGUUGAUGACGUCAAUGCGGCGCAUGGCGCCAGAGGUUACAGGCUUCGCCGUUUACUUCACCUUCCUGUUUCUCUCAUUUGUGCAGCUGGGACAUUUAGUCUUUGGACUCAAAAUACAGGGAUACUCUACGAUAGCUGCCUCAGGGAAGAGUCUCUUCGUAUGUGCUCUCGGGUAUUUUGAAUUCAAUGAAAUCUUAAGCGCCAGCAGGAUCAUUGGGCCGCUGUUCCUGUACACCUAUCUGUGCAUCGUCUUCAUCGUCAUUAUCAACAUCCUAAUGGCCAUCAUCAACGAUGCACUCGUGGUGAUGAGAGGUUACACGCCGCCUCAGGAACAUCAGGAGAUCCUGCGGGAGCUGUGGAGGAGGCUGUCCAACUUCCUCGGUCUGACAAACUCUGCAAGUCAGGGUAAGACGGCCUCUAGAUGUAACCCACUAGUUCACGAGCAGCUGUGCCGAAAUUAA